AUAAUAAUAUAUAUUAUAUUAUAUAAGUUUUAGUGUAUUGUAUAUACUGUACAAUUAAAUAUAUUCAUUUGAACUCACUUGACGCUAUUCACACGAAUGCCUCUGGGCCCCAAAUGUAGUGCCAAACACUUUGUAAACAUGUCCAGGGCACUUUUAGCCAUACACACUUACGGGUCUAAGUCCGGCGACACUCGAGAUUCAGCCCUAACUCCCAGUGCUUUCUGUUUGGAAAGCGAUUCACACUUUUUGACCACAGAUUGGAUUCUCUGGUCAUCCCUUCCAGUGAUGACUACAUUUGCGCCCAAAGACGACAACUUCAGAGCAAUCCCUUCGCCGAUACCCGAAGACGAGCCUAAGGUUUAA